AUGAAGGAUGAAGAGAUCCCAAUUGCGAAAAAGGAAACCCCAGCCUCAGAUUCAGGUUUAUUCGGAAAAGGAAGUUACAAAUUCUGGGCACUAGCGGCCAUAUUGCUUCUCGCUCUGUGGUCCAUGUUCACCGGCACCGUCUCGCUCCGGUGGUCGAGCUCACUCAACACGUUCUCCCAUGACCUCCACGCGCCGCUCCACGACCACCACGACGUCCUCGAGAUGGAGGAGAGAGAGAAGUUGGUGAGGUACAUGUGGGACGUGUACACGAAUAACCGUAAGAUCAGGUUGCCGCGGUUCUGGCAAGAGGCCUUCGAGGCUGCGUUCGAGGAUUUGAGCAGUGACGUGGCGGAGGUUAGAGACGCUGCCAUCGCCGAGAUUGCUAACAUGUCUCUACGCUCCUUUGAUAUUCAAUUGCCUUCUGUUGCACAUUCUACGAGAGCACGGGAAUUUGAUAAGAACCUCGAGCAAUUUGAGAAAGGAGAAGGUGCAACCUCCGUACGUGCUUAG